AUGUUAUACCUAAUCUUGGGAGUAAUUGCAAUGGCACUGGUCAAAGCCGAGGACAGUGAAUGUGGCAUCGUGCCGAAAGAUAAGUGUUGCGAAGAAGUUUGGAGCAACAGAUGUCCUCAACCUCACUGCUACAAACCCAUCGUGGAAAACUGUCCACAAAGAAAGAGUUUGGUGUUCAACAGAAGCGCUGACAAUGCCGUCAAGGACCUCAGGAGAGCUCCACAGAAAGUCGAAGAAGUGAGGUUUAUAUGAUGAUUUUGACAAAAGAUUAGUGAAUAUUUUGGUACAAAGUAAUAUUUUGCAACAAUUGGUCUAGAUUUUAAUUGCUUCUGCAUUUUUGUUGCAAUUUGUGUAUGUUACUCAUUCGGGGACUACACAGAAACUAAGAAUUCCUUUGAUUUUAAUUGUCAAUCACAAUAUAUACCAAAUAUAUACUAUAAUAUCCUUAUCUUCAGGUAAAAUGCGGAACAGCCGAAAUGAACUACCAGCCGUGUACUUCCAAAGCUGUCGCCAACAAACUCUUCAGCUCGUGCUGUGAGUUGUACGUGCCUUCUGAAUGUCAGUUUAUGUGCAAAUAUGAAACCGACCAGAACAAAGCUAAGGAAUUAUUGACCCAAAUGGCUAACUCGACCUGCUCCUUCAAGCACAUGUCCAGCAUCUUGUACUGCGCUUCUCAGAACAGAAACAACACGGAAUGUUGCAAGGAUCUGGAACUGAACGCUCCUCAACUCAUGGUAAGAUAAAGUUUUCGACUGUUUUUCGAAGAAAAAAUAAAAAAUAGAACAAAAAAUAUUUUUUUUGCUUUUUACGUUGCUUUUUGUGUAAUACACGACUUUAUAUUAACGGAAAACAUUCAUUGAUAAAUAAAAACAAGAAGAGAGAAACCGUGUCAUUCUGGCCGAGUGGUCUAAGGCGCUGCGUUCAGGUCGCAGUCCUCUUCGGAGGGCGCAGGUUCGAAUCCUGCGGGUGACAGCAAGCUUUUUUGCUUGGUUUAAAUAUUUUUUAGAAUUAUUCUUGGGUAAUAUAUGUAGUGAAAAAGUUUUUAGCUAUUUUACAGUCAAUAUAUUGCUUUUAAAACUUAUGUUUGUUAUUUUUAACUAAAAUACGACACAUUCAAAAGUUGAAAACCAAGAUUGCAUAUUUUGUUUCAAUUAAAAAAAUUUUAUAUUAUCCUACCAACUACAUCAAAUUAUUUUCCUAAACCUUAGACUAAUCCUUAUUAUUUUUCCAGGUGGGUAGCCGCUGCCUUCGUAUGUGUGACCCCUCAGGCAGUCAGCUGGGAAAGAUAACCAAAGAAGAUGUGACAUGUUUAUUCAAUUGGAAUGUGUUGAUGUACUGUCAUCACUCCGGCAUCCGAGAGAUGUAA